AUGACCACGCGUCACGCGUGCGUGGUAAAUCUGCUGAACGCGUCCAAAUGCGUCGUGUGCGACACGACUGACACGUAUUCACACGUAUUGACACGUACGGCGUGUGCGGAAGCGUGUGUGAUAUGUCUUUAUUUCUUUCAACGACGGUUCAACAUUGCCAGAUACGUGUCUAGAUUUGUAUCGAGUAGAGUGCUGAAGAAUACUGUGUCCAGUUCAUUGAAAAGGAAACAGAAAACGAUUCGUACGCCUCGUGCAUAUUUUCCGAUCGGUUCGUAUUACGACGAUCGAUCUACGUUCACGCCUGAAAUCCUACGCGUCGAUAUAAUGCCAGAGGUGGAGCGUACGACCGAGGACGGCGGGGACGAUGAGCGUUGCCAGGUUGAAUAUCUGGAGACGCCGGUCAAGUCGGAGAACGACGAGAAGGAAUAUAGAGUCAUCAGAUUACCAAAUGGUUUAACAGCUUUGCUAAUAUCCGAUGUACAUUCAAAAACGUGUGCGGCUCAAGAUGAAGAUGAUCGGGAUAAAGAAUCCAGCGAAGAUGAAACUGAGGAUGAGGAAAGUAACGAAGAAGAUGAAGAGGAAGAAGAGAAUGACAUAGAUGAUGAUGACGAUACCAGUGAUGACGAUGAAGAUUUUUCAACACUUAAACGAGUUAAGAGAGAUGAAAAGAAGGCAGCAUGUGGCUUAUGUGUGGGAGUAGGCAGUUUUAGCGAUCCACCGCAAGUUCCAGGCAUGGCACAUUUUCUCGAACACAUGGUUUUCAUGGGAUCCGAAAAAUAUCCACAAGAAAACGAUUUUGAUGCAUUUAUCAGUAAGCGUGGUGGCUUUACCAAUGCCUCAACGGAUUGCGAACAUACAACAUUUUACUUUGAUAUCCAAGAGAAACACUUGUUCGCAGCACUCGAUCGUUUUGCUCAAUUUUUCAUUAAGCCCCUGAUGAAGAAAGAUGCUAUUACACGGGAGCGAGAGGCUGUAGAAAGCGAGUUUCAGUUGGCCUUACCUUGUGACGAUAAUAGAAAGGAACAAUUGUUCUCCUCCUUUGCCCAAACUGGUCAUCCAGCCAACAAGUUUAUUUGGGGUAAUUUAGUGACGUUGCGCGAUAAUGUGGAUGACGAAAAAUUGUACGAAGAACUUCACAAAUUCAGAAAACGCCAUUACAGCGCUCACAGAAUGAAGUUAGCUAUACAGGCGAGACUACCGCUGGAUACAUUGGAAAAUCAUGUUACAACUUGCUUUGCCGAUGUACCGAAUAACGCGUUGCCUCCCGAUGAUUUUACCGAGUUUAAAGGCGGUGUUUCUUUCGAUACUCCUGCUUUCCGAAAAAUGUAUAAAGUUAAGCCUUUCAAAGAUGUCAGCCAGCUAGAAGUAACAUGGACAAUGCCUUCGUUACUUGAUCUGUACAAAAGUAAACCACAUCAGUAUGUCUCAUGGAUUAUUGGACAUGAAGGAAAAGGUUCUUUAAUUAGUUAUCUACGCAAGAAGAAGUGGAGUCUCGAUAUGUUCAGUGGUAACAAUGAAAGUGGUUUUGAACACAGCUCCAUGUAUGCUUUAUUAAAGCUUACCAUAGUACUUUCCUACGAGGGACAACAACAUUUGGAGCAAGUUCUAGAUGCGAUAUUCUCCUAUAUCAAUUUAAUGAAAAAAGAGGGUCCACAGAAAAGAAUUUACGAUGAAAUUUCAAAGAUUGAAGAAAAUAAUUUUAGAUUUGCCGAUGAGGAGGAUCCAGCAGAUUUUGUGGAAGAUUUGUGUGAGAGUAUGCAUUUCUAUCCGCCCCGCGAUUAUAUAACUGGAAACGAGCUUUAUUUUGAAUAUAAUCCAGAAGCUAUACAAAAGUGUUUGGAUUAUCUGGUACCAGAGAAUGCGAAUAUCAUGAUCUUCAACGAGGAAUUUGACGGGGUUGAACUGACGAAAGUCGAGCCGUGGUUCCAAACCAAGUAUACAGACAGCGAAAUACCAAAAGAAUGGAUCGAACGCUGGAAAUCAAUCGAACCAUUGCCAGAUUUUCAUUUACCAUUAGCGAAUACAUUCCUUCCCAGCGACUUCUCCUUAAUACCGAUACCAGCGGAGGUUCCCAAAUAUCCUGUAAAAUUACACAAUGAUCAUAUAUCGGAGAUUUGGUAUCGCGCGGAUCCCAAGUUUCGUUUGCCGGAAUGUUAUAUGAAUUUCCAUUUUGUUUCCUCCCUCGGGGUUCAGUCGCCAAAGAAUACAGCUCUCAUGGAAAUGUACUGCAAUGUAUUGAAAUUGUUAUUGAUUGAAGAAUUAUAUCCAGCUAUAGCGGUCGGGUUUGACUAUAAUAUCAGUAGUAGUGAGAAAGGUAUUACAAUAAAAAUAAAUGGAUUUAACGAAAAACUACCGCUCUUAUUGAUGACUAUUGCAAAAUACAUAGUGGAUUAUCCAACCCUUGUUACAGGAGUACAGGAGUUGAAGGAAUUGUUUGAAAUUGUGAAAGUGCAACAGCUUAAGACAUAUUACAACACAUUUGUAAAACCUGGAAAACUUGUCAAGGACGUGAGAUUAUGCAUAUUGAAGCUCGUCCAUUAUACACACGUUGAUACCCAUGCUGCUCUACGUAAUAUCACGUUUGAAGACUUCCAGGACUUUGUGAAAAUCUUCACCGAUCAACUAUACAUUCAGUGUCUUGUGCAAGGCAACGUGACGCAGGAUGCUGCGAUCGAGAGUGUACAACAAUGUAUCAAAAUAAUUAAUUGCGGUCCUUUUCUCUUUGAUACGAUACCGCAAGUGAAAGUCACGCAGAUACCCUUGGGCACAUGCUAUUGCAAGUUGAAAAAUAUCAACAAAAUCGAUGCAAAUUCCGUAGUGACAAAUUAUUAUCAAGCCGAUGUCAUAUCGAUUGAGUUAUCAGUGUUAAUCGAUCUGAUGAUCAUGAUAAUGGAAGAACCGUUAUUCCAUCGGUUAAGAACUCAAGAACAGCUUGGUUACUUGGUCUUCUGUAAUCUUCAAGAUACCAACGGAAUUUUAGGAUAUUCCAUUACCGUUCACACUCAGGCAGACAAAUACACAACCGAGCACGUGGACCAGCGGAUCGAAGAAUUUCUGAAAUCGUUUAAUAAGAUUUUGGAAGAUUUCUCGGAAGAGGAAUUGGACGAUGUCAAAGAGGCACUAAGAAAAUUGAAACAGUGUGCCGAUAUCGAUUUGGAAGAAGAAGUUAGCAGAAAUUGGACUGAGAUCACAAAGUGGCGAUACAUGUUUGACAGACUCGAGAGGGAAGUGCUUGCGAUAAAAAACAUAACGAUCAACUGGCUGAGAGAAUGGUCUGCACGGCACACACUGAAUGGAAGUAACUUUAGAAAAUUGAGCGUGCACGUGGUAGGAACUGAUCCGAAGGAAAGGGCAGUUGAGAAAGCGAGUGAUACUGCAGAGGCGAACAAGAAAGCACAGUACUUCUCCUUGGAAUACAUAACUGACGACCAGCGUAAGGAAACGCAAGAUCAUUAUAUUACUGACGUAGAAGCGUACAAGAAAAAACUCUGCGCCUAUCCAGUGAGUGAGGGGAUUAAUCCUCUCAAAAUGCUAAAUAAAUGAUACUUAAAAAAUAGUAUAUUGAUAAUAAAAAUGAUCGUGCAAAUCGUGCUGCCUGAUAAUAAAGUUCUUUUUUUAUUUA